AUGGAGAGAGCAGAGCUAGUUUUCGUUCCCACACCUGCUGUAGGCCAUCUAGUAUCAACAAUCGAGUUUGCUUUUCGUUUGUUGGAUCAAAGCCAUCGAUUCUCGGUAACAAUUCUGGUAAUGAAGUCGCCGUUUGGAGUUACUGGGGAUCAGUCACUUCCUGCAGCCUCCCACCCCCACAUAAAACUCAUCUAUCUUCCCAACGUCGAUCCUCCAACUGAGCGAGUUUCUGCCGAAAAGUACCUUACCGAUUACAUUGAGAACUACAAGGGCCAUGUCAGAGACACUAUUUUCACCAGGGUGUUGCCAAACACGUCUCAAGUUGCUGGAAUGGUUAUUGACAUGUUCUGCACCACCAUGAUUGACAUAGGCAACGAGCUCAAGGUUCCAUCUUUUCUUUUCUUCACUUCCGGUGCAGCUUAUCUCGGUUUGUUGAUGUACCUCCCUAAACGAGCUGACGUGUUAUUUGAUGAGUCGGAUUGCGAGUCAAUCAUACCGAGUUAUAUCCAACCUGUCCCCACAAGUGCAUUGCCUGCAUUUGCGUUCAACAAGGGUGGAUACAUGUCAUUUGUGAACCAUGCUAGGAGGUUCAGGGAAACCAAGGGUAUCAUCAUCAACAGUUCGGUUGAGCUCGAAUCCCAUGCUGUUUCCUCACUUUUUGAUGGUGAUGAAGAUGAACAAAGUAAAUCACAGCCUCAUGUUUACACAAUUGGGCCCUUAAUUGACAUCAAAGGUAAGUAUCAAAUUCAGUUUAACCAGACCAAAGUUGACGGGAUCAUGAAAUGGCUUGAUGAUCAGUCCCCUAAGUCAGUGGUGUUCCUCUGCUUUGGAAGCUCCGGGAGCUUUGAUGAGAACCAAUUGAAAGAGAUAGCAAUUGGUCUAGAGCAGAGUGGCCAGAGGUUCUUGUGGUCAGUGCGUCAAAGACCAACUACAGGAAGGCUGGGAAUUCCAGGUGAAUACACAAGUUAUGACGAGUUUUUGCCUCAAGAUUUUUCUAAGAGGACUAAAGAUAUAGGAAUGUUGUGUGGAUGGGCGCCGCAAGCGGAGGUCUUAGGCCAUAAAGCAAUCGGGGGAUUUGUGUCGCAUUGUGGAUGGAACUCUAUAUUGGAGAGCCUAUGGUUUGGUGUACCUAUAGUGACUUGGCCGAUUUAUGCAGAGCAACAGAUCAAUGCAUUUCAAAUGGCGAGGGAUAUGGGAUUGGGGGUGGAGUUGAGAGUUGUUUACAAUAAGGAUGGUGAUUUUGUAACAGCAGAUGAGAUUGAGAAAGCUCUAAGACGUUUGAUGGAGGGUGAUAAUGAGAUUAGGAAGAGGGUUCAGGAAAUGAGUCGAAAAUGCAGGAACGCUGUUGAUGAUGGUGGGUCUUCUUCUGCUUCUUUUAGAAGCUUAAUUCAGGCCAUGUUAGCAAACCUUAACAGCACUUAAAUUUGAGCUCUGCAGUACCGCAAACUUUUAUCA